UCACACUUCUUUUCAUUCGUCACGUAAGUGGAUUGUGAAGCAGUUCUGAUAACAUCGAUAAUACAUCAAGCAAGAUUGCCAGUUGUAACCAGGUAGUCAUGAGUGAGGUCGACAAAACACUAAAUAAUAAAAUACUUCUCUCCAACAUACCAGAAUUCUUGUUUCUCAUAUUAAAAAUCUUCUACUAUAUCUGCGAAGGAGUGUACAGAUUAAUCGUCCCAAGAGAGGAAAAGAGCGUAGUUGGCGAAAUCGUUUUAGUAACCGGUGCAGGUCAAGGAAUUGGGAGAGAAUUAGCAAUUGGUUAUGCGUCUUUAGGAGCGACCGUAGUAUGUUGGGAUAUCAAUAAAGAAAUCAACGAACAAACAGUGGACGAGAUAAAAAAAAUAAGCGAAAGUUCGGUAUAUGGUUAUCGCUGCGAUGUAUCAGACAAAGAUGAAGUUUUCAAGACAGCCGAAAAAGUAAGAAAGGAAGUUGGCGACGUCACUAUUUUAGUCAACAAUGCCGGCAUUGCACCAAUUCAAACAUUCGAGAAUUAUAACACUGAUGAAAUCUCCAAAGUUAUAAAUGUCAAUUUCAUGGCACAUUAUUGGACGAUGAAAGCAUUCUUACCGAACAUGAUCGAAAGGAAUCAUGGUCAUGUGGUAGCAAUUUCAUCAGUAUUAGCACUGUGUGCCGGCCAAUAUGGGACGCUUUACUGCCCUUCGAAAAGUGCAGUACGAGCACUUAUGGAGAGUAUUAGCGAAGAACUACGUAUGUAUACUAAAGGAAAGUCUUCUGUUAAAUUUACUACCAUUCUCCCGGGUUUAGUGACUACCAAUUUGACCAAAAACAUAAGAUUUCCAAGUCUGUUUGGACGUUAUUCACCGCGGGAAGCUGCUUCUUUGAUUAUCGAUGCACAGAGACGAGGUUUCAUAGAAAAGGUUUUUCCUUCAUUCUGGCUGCCGGUAUUCUCGAUUAUAAGACUUCUUCCUAACAAGGCACAAAUGUGUUUAAUAGACCUUUUUCAUUUUGAUGCCGAUAUGGACGAUUGAUCAAUGCCGAAUUUACUAAUAAGCCUCUUCACAAACAUUGAAAUGUCUUCUAGAGUGUGUAUUUAGUAUGUAUUAUAAGUAAGGAACGUAAUGGUGAGAUUUAAACCGAUUGCACAAUAGUUGCUUCUGUUCACCGUUCAACAUUACUACACAAUAAAAAAAUUUGUAUGUUUGUGUUAAAACCCGUACCUUGUUUAACUUGUUAUGUUAAAUUUAUAACAUAAGUUUAUAUGUUAAUUCAACAUAUUAAAUGUGCAACUGAA